UUUCCUACCAAUAAUAUUGAGUAGGACUGCUUGUCAUUCGUGGAAUAUGCAGACUGACGCAAGUUUGAACGUAUUUCUCACGAAGGCUACAGUAAGCGUUAAAGCUCUUACGCACAGUACGCAGCAUAUGAAGGUAAUGCGAUAAUCGUCAAUUUUGAGAGCAUUUGAAGUUCAACGCAUGAGGUGGAACGGUAAAGGUGCGUAAUGGCGGGGCUGGUGACGGAUAUAGAUGGCGGCAUGCUUGAAGGUGGAGGCCAGAUCCUUAGGAUGGCAUUAGCAUUUAGUGUCCUUAAGAAGAAACCAGUUCGAGUAUUUAACAUUCGUGCUGGGCGGAGUAACCCUGGAUUAAGAGCCCAACAUCUGAAAGGUGUGGAGGUUGUUCGUGAUAUAAGUGAAGGGAAGCUGAAAGGAGGAGAAAUUGGCUCCACAGAAAUUGUUUUGCAUCCAGGAAAAGUAAAAUGUGGAGAAUACUCAGCUGAUACAGGGACAGCUGGGAGCAUCUGUUUGCUGAUCCAAGUUGCUCUUCCAUGUAUUCUGUUCAGCAGUGGAGUGACCAUACUCAAACUGAGAGGAGGAACUAAUGCAGAGAUGGCUCCUCAAAUUGACUAUAUGACUGAGGUAUUUAGACCACUCCUGGAGAGAUUUGGAGGUACCUUUGAUUACAAAAUUAUCACAAGAGGUUACUAUCCAAGAGGUGGAGGAGAGGUGCAUAUAAGAGUGAAACCUGUGAAACAGUUGAAGGCCAUCGAUCUGGUCGAGAGUGGCGACGUUGUACGAAUAUGGGGAUGGGCAUUUGUGGCUGGUUCUCUUCCCAUUAAGUUAGCUCAUCUAAUGGCUGAUUCUGCCAUCCAGACUCUGAGGAAGGCCUUGAAGAAUGUGGACGUGAAAAUCGAAAGAUACGUUGAACAUCCAGAUGUAGCAGUUGGGACUGGGUCAGGAAUCAAUCUUGUUGCAGAAACCAGUACAGGUUGCCUCCUGGGUGGCUCUGCUCUAGGCAAGCGAGAACUGAAGCCUGAACAAGUGGGACACAAAGCUGCAGAUGAACUGCUUCAGUCCAUUAAUACAAAGGCUUGUGUAGACUCCUAUUCUCAAGAUCAGAUUAUCUUAUUCAUGGCCAUUGCACAUGGAAAGUCCCGUGUAAAGUGUGGGCCAGUGACUUUACAUACUGAAACAGCUAUUCACGUAGCACGUCAGUUAACAGAGGCUAAAUUCACCGUGAUAAAUGUUGGAACAGAUUCCAACAUUAUUGAAUGCGAAGGUAUUGGUCUUGAAAAUAAUGGCCUAUGAAGGAUGUCCUGAAGAUGGCAGUUAUAAAGUGAUAGCAAAAGUGCAGGCAUUGCAUAUUUUGAAAUGUGGGAGACUUGCAUUGUAUAAAAACAGGAAUGAAUUGUUGAUUUGUUUUAAACAUCAGAAAGUUAUUCAUCAGUUGUUUGAUUAGUAUGGGUAAUUGAUAUCAUUGUCAUACUCUCAGGAGUGAGACCUUAAUAUGCCUACAGUAUCAAUAAAGAUGAUCAAGUAUUGUCAACACCA